AUGUAUAGGGAAAAUGAAGAAGGAGAAAGAUUUAGACUUUUCUCGUCACUCUUUUCUGUCUUUCUUCCCUUUCCUCAUCACUAUUUUAUUCUUUCUUUUCUUUUCUUUCUUUUCUUUCUUUUCUUUCUUUCUUUCUUUAACUUUUCUCGUCCUCUUUCUGUCUUUCUUCCCUUUCUCAUCACUAUUUUAUUCCUUCUUUUCUUUCUUUUCUUUCUUUCUUUUUCUUUCUUUAGUUUUCUCUCAUUCUUAUUUCCUUCAUUUAUUCUUUCUUCCGUUCUAGACUUUUCUCGUCACUCUUUCUGUCUUUCUUCUUUUUCCUCAUCACUAUUUUAUUCUUUCUUUCUUUCUUUCUUUCUUUUCUUUCUUUCUUUAAAAUUUCUCAUUCUUAUUUCCUUCAUUUAUUCUUUCUUCCGUUCUAGACUUUUCUCGUCAUUCUUUCUGUCUUUCUUUUUUUUCCUCAUCACUAUUUUAUUCUUUUUCUUCUUUCUUUCUUUCUUUUUUCUUUCUUUAGUUUUCUCAUUCUUAUUUCCUUCAUUUAUUCUUUCUUCCGUUCUAGACUUUUCUCGUCACUCUUUCUGUCUUUCUUCUUUUUCCUCAUCACUAUUUUAUUCUUUCUUUCUUUCUUUCUUUCUUUCUUUAACUUUUCUCGUCACUCUUUCUGUCUUUCUUCUUUUUCCUCAUCACUAUUUUAUUCUUUCUUUCUUUCUUUCUUUCUUUCUUUCUUUCUUUCUUUCUUUCUUUCUUUAG